AAAACGAAAAACAGAAAAUCAAAAUGAACACGUAGCUGUGCCUCCGUCUAUUUUGUCACUUCACGUCAGAAUCGGUGCCGUGAGAAAUUUGAAAAUCCUCUACCACACCGGCGACUAUGAAGGCUGUAGUGAUCACAACUCCGGGAGGUCCAGAAGUUCUGAAGCUGCAAGAAGUAGAAGACCCAAAACUCAAAGACGAUGAAGUAUUGAUCAAAGUGGAAGCCACAGCUCUUAACAGAGCUGAUACGCUUCAACGCCAAGGAAAGUACCCUCCGCCAAAAGGGGACAGUGAGUAUCCAGGUCUAGAAUGUUCCGGAACCAUCGAAGCCGUCGGCAAAAACGUAUCCCGUUGGAAAGUUGGAGACCAGGUAUGUGCACUGAUAAGUGGUGGAGGAUAUGCCGAAAAAGUAGCUGUACCUUCGGGUCAAGUUCUUCCGAUCCCUUCCGGUGUUUCUUUGAAAGAUGCUGCUAGCUUCCCGGAGGUGGCAUGCACUGUUUGGUCGACGGUCUUCAUGACAAGCAAGCUAUCUUCAGGAGAAACAUUUCUGAUACAUGGUGGUUCAAGUGGCAUUGGUACAUUUGCUAUUCAAAUGGCUAAAUACCUGGGCAUCAAAGUUUUUGUUACUGCAGGGAGUGAGGAAAAAUUGAAGGCAUGUAAGGAGCUUGGAGCCGAUGUUUGCAUAAACUACAAGACGGAAGAUUUUGUUGCAAGGGUAAAGGAGGAAACAGGGGGAAAAGGUGUGGAUGUUAUACUGGAUAAUAUUGGUGGAGCCUACUUCCAGAAAAACCUAGAAAGCUUAGGUAUGGAUGGUAGGCUUUUCAUCAUUGGUUUCAUGGGUGGAGUCAAAGCAGAAGCAAAUAUAUCAUUCAUUCUUGCAAAACGGCUCACUGUACAAGGUGCUGGUUUGCGCACAAGAAGCUUGGAAAAGAAGGGUGAAAUAGUGAGUGAAGUGGAGAAGAAUGUUUGGCCAGCGAUUGCACAAGGGAAGGUGAAGCCGGUUGUGUAUAACUACUUCCCUUUAUCAGAAGCUGGAGAGGCUCAUAAGCUUAUGGAAACAAGUACACAUAUUGGCAAGAUAUUACUACUUGCAUGAGGGGGUUUGACUUGUAUGUUUGAUGUAUUGUACUCUAAUAAGAGCAUGUGUUUCAAGUGCAAUAAAUGGCUGCUUAUGUUUUUACCAAUAGUAUCAAAAUCUGUAAAACAUAUAACACCAUACUGGCAAGGUACUUACAUUAGACCA